GGACGGGCCGUGCCGGGCCGGGGGAGAAAAUGAUCCACAGCCUGUUUCUUAUAAACUGUUCUGGUGAUAUAUUCUUGGAGAAGCACUGGAAGAGCGUUGUGAGCCAAUCUGUGUGCGAUUAUUUCUUUGAAGCUCAGGAGAAAGCAAUUGAUGUUGAGAAUGUGCCUCCUGUCAUCUCAACUCCACACCACUACCUCAUCAGCAUCUAUCGGGAUAAAAUCUUCUUUGUGUCUGUAAUACAGACAGAAGUGCCACCCCUCUUCGUAAUUGAAUUUCUGCACCGAGUAGCAGAUACUUUCCAGGAUUACUUCGGUGAAUGUUCUGAGACGGCAAUUAAGGACAAUGUAGUAAUUGUGUAUGAACUUCUAGAAGAAAUGCUAGACAAUGGCUUUCCACUGGCAACAGAAUCUAACAUACUGAAGGAGCUGAUUAAGCCUCCCACAAUUUUGCGCUCUGUUGUCAACUCCAUCACAGGCAGUAGUAAUGUGGGAGAUACACUUCCCACUGGACAGUUAUCCAACAUUCCUUGGCGCAGAGCGGGAGUAAAAUACACGAACAAUGAAGCCUAUUUUGAUGUCAUUGAAGAAAUUGAUGCGAUUAUAGACAAAUCAGGUUCCACAGUCUUUGCAGAAAUCCAAGGUGUUAUUGAUUCGUGUAUAAAGCUCUCAGGAAUGCCAGAUCUUUCUCUGUCUUUCAUGAACCCACGGCUGCUGGAUGAUGUCAGCUUCCACCCGUGUAUUCGGUUCAAACGCUGGGAGUCUGAGAGAGUCCUUUCGUUUAUUCCUCCCGAUGGCAAUUUCAGACUGAUCUCCUACCGCGUCAGUUCCCAGAACUUGGUGGCAAUUCCUGUAUAUGUGAAGCACAUGAUCAGCUUUAAGGAAAAUACUUCUUCAGGAAGAUUUGAUGUUACAAUUGGACCAAAACAGAAUAUGGGAAAAACAGUAGAAGGAGUUGUCAUGACAGUUCACAUGCCAAAGGCUGUACUUAACAUGAACCUCACUGCUACACAAGGCAGCUAUACAUUUGACCCAGUUACUAAAGUGCUAACAUGGGAUGUGGGCAAAAUUACCCCUCAAAAGCUACCAAAUCUGAAGGGCAUAGUGAACCUGCAGUCUGGAGCCCCCAAGCCAGAGGAGAAUCCAAGUUUAAACAUCCAGUUUAAGAUACAACAGCUUGCAAUUUCAGGACUGAAAGUGAAUCGUCUAGACAUGUAUGGAGAAAAAUACAAGCCUUUUAAAGGUGUCAAAUAUAUUACAAAAGCAGGAAAAUUCCAAGUCAGGACAUGAGAAGAUGCUAAGAGGAAAUUCCCCUUAAAAAAACUUGACUGCUUAGUGACUUAUGUUGGUUAGGUGCCAAUUAAUUAAUAGACACUGAUUAGUUUGGGAUCAAAGCAUUUGUGCACAGCAGCUCUUAGUAAGAAAGCAUAGCUUAGUUUUUCUUAAUAUGCUUUAAAAUAAGGUACUUUUUUUCUAUUACACUUACACUCUUUUUUUACUGAAUUGUUGUGCUGUUGAAUAGUUUGAUAUGGGCAACCCACAAAAUGUUGCAAACAGUACACUGCCAGGCAGAUACCAAAGCCCUGAGGUCAAGCACAUUCUGAAGGCCACUGGAGAAGUCUUCUGGUGGCAUGUUUUGCUGCUGCAGCUGGCUGCAGAGAAAGCUUAGUUCUACCCACAGCCAGCUGCAAGCUGGCAUUCCACAAAGCAGCACGUAAUCCUUUCAGAAAUAGAGAGCAGCAGUGAGAGGGGCAGGGGUCCCCCCAGGGCCUGGAACAUUGCAAGUGUCACUCCUGACAAAGCUUCUGAUGAAGUAAAAAAUAAUUUCUAUGUUGUUUACAAGAAAUCGCCUUUCUUAAGAAGCAUUUGCCUUAAUCAGCUUUCAUUUCUGCCAUCUGCAGAUGAGCUGAUAAAAAUAACAUCCUGCAUUAAAUCUGGGAGGUGAUUGUUGCUUCAGUAAUCCACUUUCUUUCCAUUCAAUCUCAUCAUCCCCACCAUUUUUUUUAAGAAUACAGUUGCAGAGAGUAAGAUCUAUUUUUUAUGUGAAGCCUUUGCUUUGAUUUAGAUGUUCCACUUGUUAGAAGUGGAUGCCACCAGAUCUGUGCAGUGUGUACCUUCGAGCGUAGCUUUUUAGAUAGCACAAUAGAAGUCUUAAGUGUAUUUAAUGAUUGUGUGCUUUAAUGUUCUGAAAUAAAGGGAACUCUACUGCAGAUAUGUCUCACCUUAUGAAAUGUUCAUGCUUUUGUAAACAAUUCGUGAUGCUCUUAAGCAGGAGGCAUCUGAUAGACUAUUAAACAAUGUUUGCUACAUCUUUACUGAAUUUGAUCACUGUGCAGCUGCUUAGAGUUUUAAAGGGCUGUUAGGAGCAUGACAGGUAAUAUCCCUUUCAUAGUUCUUAUUUUUGAAUGGAGGACAACUAUUUACUUAUAAUAUUUCAAAGACUCAACAGUCAGAGCAAAGCUGACUGAACUUGUUAUAUACCAACAAAAACAUCUCUCUAAACCACUACAUACUCCGGAGUAGCUAUCGGGUUCCAGACCAUGCAUUUGGUCAGUAUUAAUUAAGGGUGGGAUACCAGAGACCCUCUGUUUCUGUUUGGUUUACAAAUUGAUGAGUAGGUUCUAGCUUUGUUUCAGAUGGAGAGCAGGAACCAAAGUCACUCAGUAGUCAAAAUUUCACAUGAUGACAAAAAGUGAUCCAGUCUGGAAAGAAGAGGGAAAAUCCGUCUGAACCCUGGCAGCAAAUCAGUAAGGAAAGAAAUGAGCAUACAAUCUCUGUUUGUAACUUUGGUAAUAAUAUCAUUAGGGUAAACUUGGCCAUAAACAACCAUUUUGAAUUUCUAAAAUUACAGUAGAUAAAACAGCACUGUGAAGAACCAGCAUCUAAUAAGAUCUUCCAUUUGUGUAGACACAACCCUGGUAAUUAAAAGCUACCAACUUUCUA